AUGAAGUACACAAGGUAACAAAAUUAAGCAUCGGUCUCUCACGAUGUAUUUUAAUAAUUUAGAAAAGAGUUGAAAGAGUACCGUCAGUUGUUCAAUAUGUUUGACACUGACGGUUCCGGAGCCAUUGGAAACGAAGAAUUGAAGCAGGCCAUGAUUAGUAUCGGUCUACAUGCAAACAAGGCAGAAAUUGACAACGUCAUCAAAGAGGUGGGUCACACUUUCCCAGUUUUUCCCCUCAAAUUGUAGGAAAUCUCGGGCUCCAAAAUUUCGCAUAUCUUCUGACACAAUUGACUACGGUAUCUCAUCGCGUUCCCUAUAAAACCCUGCUCAUUCAUUCAUUCAUUCAUAUUCCCAUUCUCCCUCGUGAUGAACUCCGGCUCUCCUCUCCUCUGUCCGAAAUGCAAAAAACAACAGGUCGAUGCGGACGGAAACGGUGAAAUCGACUUUGAGGAAUUCUGUGCGUGCAUGAAAAAGUCGCAGAACAUUGUGAAGUCGACUAAUGAAGAGCUCAUCCGCGAGUGCUUCGAAGUUUUCGAUCAGGAUCGAAAUGGAAUUAUUACGGAGAACGAGUUCAAGGUAAGCGGAAAUGAGUGCCUGACUCUAACUUUUUUGUUUUCUUUUCCAGUACAUCGCCAAAGAAUUUGGUGACUUUGACGACGAGCUCGCCGAGAAGGUCUUUCGUGAACUGGACGUCUCCGCCAACGGCCAUCUGUCCGCCGAUCAGGUCAGUUGUUAUCCAAAGCUGCGUCAAACACUUUCUUCCUUCUAGUUUGCCACCAUCGUCGAGGAUUACUUGCUCAGUGACCCCAUCAAGCACGAUGUCGACAACGAGGAAUCUUCCGAUGAACGACAAGAUGAGCGUCGGGACGAUCGUUCGAGUCCCAUGAAUUACCUCUCCACCGUUCCCGAAUAA